AUGAAUCCAAACAUCCCUUAAUUCAAAGGAAGUUAUGUAAAUAUGAAGACUUCAAAUCCUCUCGAAGAAUUCUCAAAAGAAACUGAGUAGAACACGAGUUCAAUUUAUAAGUUGUAAAAAAAACUAAAUGAACAGUAAUAAUAGGUGGAUGCAUUGAUGAAAGUCGUUUCAAACUCACACUAAAAAUAUUACCUAUCACAAGAGGAUAUAUACAAAUACCCCAUCGAAAGUGAAAGACUUAAUAGUUAAUUGCUUGAUGAAAUAAAGCAUCUCAAGAAACAACUUAAAUAAAUUGAAAGUGGCCCAAAGCUUCCUUAACCUCCUUUCCUUCCUCCAUUCUUCCCUCAAUAAUAAAACCCCUUAGGUUAUCAUCAACCAUAUAAUUCAAUACCAGUGGCUUCACCAAUACGCAAUCAAAAUCCUUAUUAUCAGUAUUACCCUUUCCAGAAUACACCCUUCCACCAACCACAAAAGGAAGAGAAAAGCUUUAGUAAAUUAUUGAAAGCUUACGCUCAAAAAAAAUAGGAAGUAGAAAAAUUAAAUUAGUUAUUGUCGCAAUUGCUAAAAAACUAAAAGAUUGAUCCAACUGUUGAACACAAAUAAAAUAGCACAUCCAGAAGGUAUUUAAAGGUCAAGCACAAAUAGAAAAAAGAAAUUUCUGAGUUAGAUUUUAGCAAAAUUUCCAGAUUUGAUUAGGAAUCGCCUGAGCCAGUAAAAAACAAGUCAAAUAAAAAGCAAGUCAUCAAACUUUAAGAUUAAUAUUCGCCAUCAUAAAAUUAAAAUUAAAAAAUUAAACUAGAACCCUUAAAAGUUAAAUCAACUCAAGAAAGGUUAAAAAAAUUAAGGAAAAAGCUUAAAUAUUGUGCUUGGAUGGUUAUAUUUUAUAAAAAUAAAUAUUAUCAAAUAUUGGAGAAAAAGGCAAUCAAAAGAUUUAAUGAUGAGAUUAGCAAAUACGCAGAUUAGUUUUUAUAUAGCAACACUAUAUUAUCAUUUGUUAGAGAAAGUCAAAAGAUUUCCUUAUUCAAAAAGUCCUGGGUUUUCACUGAAAAUAAAGAUGUUCCAAAUCGAAUAGCCAACUUAAUUUAAGCUGCGGAUACUUUUAUUAAGCAAUUACUUAUUGGAACGUAGACUACCAAAUUUGACCAAUAACACUUGUCAUUCAUUCGAGCUUUCACUACGAAUGAAGGCUAUUUGUUUUCAGAUCAUUCAGCUUUUGUGGCACAAAGAUUAAAAUUAAAUUACAAAAGAAAUUUAAAAUUCACUUCUCCUGAUCAAUAAAAAAUGGCUUUUCUAGAAUAUGCUUAUAUCUACUUACUAUUACACUAAUAAAUGUUUACUAUGAAAGGUUGGCAAGAAUUACUUAAGCCAUUUGCAGAACCAUUGAAAAUUUUAGUUUCCCUUCUACAAUAUCUAUUCAUAGAAAAAUUCAAAAAUUUGUAGAUCAUUUCAAAAGAUACGAAAUUUAAUACUGAUAAAAUUCCAAUCUUGGAUUUCACCAAAACUAAGGUAGAGGAUUUCAAGUGUAUCAUCACCAAUAAGGAUCCUAGAUAUUAGGUUACUGACAAAAUGCCUAUACUUGGAUUAUAUGAUGAGACAGUGUUGAAACCUGUAAUUGAACAUCCUGGAUUUGCAACUCUUAAAAAUCAAUUUAAGGCCUAUGUUGAUUUUAUUUACUCUAAAGUAGGUUGA